AUGGCAUUUCGCUCUACUGGCCAGCUUCCUUCUGAGGCUGACCAAAACACAUCACCGCCUCCCAACGAGCGACAAGGACAUCCUCCUCGACCAAACGCGAUCUUUGAACUCUUCGCAGUGAGGAGAGGAGGACUUGCGGCUCAUGGAACAGCAGCUUGGGAGGCGCGAAGAAGGGUAGGAAGAGCCCCUAGACGGCGGGCUGGAGAGGCGAUGCCAGUCUUGAAUGGAGUGCUCUGUGACGCUGCUAUCCAGGAAAGGAGUGACUCCGAUGAGCAUUGGGCCGCAAAUGUCUCAGAUGAUGGAAUCGGCAUGGAAAAUGAAGAGAAUAAGGUCAACAUGGUAGAGGAAGACCAUGACCUCGAAAUGCCUGAUCAAGAUGCGAUAAAUCCUCCCAUUGAGCAGGUCGAGAUGGAUUCUGCAAGUACGCAGCAGCAAUUCGAGAGGGACGAGGCAGAUGAAGAACCCCCCACAACUGAGACAGAUCCGCAAUCCAUCAUCGAUAUGGCAACUGAGGAAAUCCAUCAUGGAAAUCCGACGACACGAGAUUCUUGUGAGGAUGCAUCCACUUCUUAG